CGAUUAUAUUACUUUUUUUUUGUACGAUUUGUCGUACAAAGUCGAGCUCAAUUGAGCUAAAAGCUACCUUCUUGCAGUUUCUCUAACCAACUUGGAGUUCAGUUGACGGUUUGAUUUCGUAUCGCUACCAACGGAAUCGAAGAAGGUGUCUUUAUUGUGAAUGUCGUCGAUAUACAUUUUUAUGUAUUUUCGAUAACGUGUCGUGUACAAAAAAAAAAAAGAGUGCUCUGUGUUGUCUGUGUAAUCGAUCGCACAUUCCUGUGUGACAUUAAAAGAUAUUGUAUCUAUCGUGAUCGAGAUACAUCAUAUUUAUUAUUAUUCGUGUGUGUGUGCUUCAUUUUUGCUUAAAGAUAAAUAACACAUUUUUCUUACUGCAAAAUGGUGCGUUUAUCUAUUGGAUUAGCUUUCUUAGCAUUAAAUAUUUUCUGCAGUGUAACUGUAAAUGCACAAGCAAAAGAAAAAGAAGAAUUCAUCUGCCCCAUUCAAAUUGGCAAUGGCAAUUUUGCAGAUCCCGCAUCAUGUCGUAGAUUCUACCAGUGUGUAGAUGGUUUUCCAUACUUAAACCGAUGCCCUUCAGGAUUAUACUUUGAUGACAUCAACAAAUUUUGUAAUUUCAAGGAUGAAGCAACCUGCGGACCACUUCCAACUACUCCAGCACCAAAAACAGAUGCUCCAGUGGACUUGGCUCUAAAGUGUGAUCCAGCUCAAUGUGAAUUGCCAUAUUGUUUCUGUUCAAAGGAUGGCACCCGUAUUCCUGGUGAUCUCGAACUCGAAAAGAUUCCCCAAAUGAUUCUGCUAACAUUCGACGGUGCGGUAAAUUUGAAUAACUAUGAACAUUACAAAAAGAUUUUCGACAAAAAAAGGAAGAAUCCAAAUGGAUGCGAAAUUAAGGGAACAUUCUUUAUUUCCCAUGAAUACAGCAACUACCAACAAAUCCAGACCUUGGCCUAUGAAGGACACGAAAUUGCUACCGAAACCAUUUCACUUCAAAACGGUCUACAAGACAAAGGCUACGAGGAAUGGGUCGGUGAGAUGAUUGGAAUGCGUGAAAUUUUGAGAUACUUUGCAAAUGUGUCUGUCAGUGAAGUUGUUGGCAUGCGAGCACCAUUCUUGAAACCCGGCAGGAAUACUCAAUACAAGGUUAUCGAGGACUUUGGCUACAUCUAUGACAGUUCAGUGACAGUUCCGCCAGUAAAUGUACCAGUUUGGCCAUACACUUUGGACUUUAAAAUCUCUCAUGAAUGCAAGAGCGGCACCUGCCCCACUAGGCAAUUCCCUGGAGUCUGGGAAGUGCCAUUAAAUACCCAUUAUGUCGAAGGCUAUGAGGGUGGUCACUGUCCGUACUUGGAUCAAUGUGUCUUGCAUAGUUUGGAUGAGAAUGAAGUUGUCGAAUGGCUGCAAGAGGAUUUCAGUCGUUAUUAUGAACAAAACAAAGCUCCAUACAUGAUGCCAUUCCACACCAAUUGGUUCCAGACCAAACAGUUGGAACUUGGAUUACACAAGUUCCUCGAUUGGGCUUUGACAUUGCCUGAUGUAUACAUUGUUACCGUGACUCAAGCUCUCACCUGGAUCACCGACCCCAAGGAACUUAACCGACUGAGCUCCAUCGAAUCAUGGGAUUGUCAAAAACGUGUACCAACUGCACCAAAACCAUGUUUCACAUCAAAUUAUUGUGGAUUGAGUUUUAAGAAUCCCGAGAAAAAUAUCUCAGAUACCCGUUAUAUGGAAACAUGCCGGGAAUGUCCAAAUACCUAUCCAUGGUUGGGUGAUGCCGAGGGUACUGGUAUUGUUGGUCGGGAUAACUAUGUUUAUACGGGAACUAGUCAAGGAGAUGCCCAACCCGAGAGUACAAAUUAGAAAAAAAAAAGGAGUGUGCUUUAUUUUUAACAGCUUAACAAUCAUCAUGACUUUUAUAAUGGUCAUGAUGGUAGAGUCAGAAUGAUUCUUUAGUCUAUAUUAUUUUUUUGUUUGUAAAAUUGUUUUUUUGACUUAAUGAUUCUAAAUUUUUAAUUCUUAAUUCCUGAUUCUUUGAAAAAAAAUCCU